UAAUAUUCUAAAAUCUUUAGGGAGAGGAGACUUCAACCUGGGUAGUUUUGUUCCUAUCUCUCACCAACUCUACCCAGGGCUUGGUGUGUAUAUUAUGGCAAAGGGCUAAAACUAAAAGCUGCAGUCCUGGGACCAUGUUUGGUCAACGCAGCUGAGCCUGGUGUCCUAUGACAGUGGAGGACCCUUCAAUCUUUGCCUGCUCUGUUGUCUGACCAUCACACUGUCCCGGAAGUAGAAGUACCCGAGAAGCUGUUUUCCAUCUCAGCUGGCAACAGAGCUAUUAUUUAUUAACAACAUGCAGUCUGGAUUUAUACAUCCCUUCCAUCUGUGGAUACAUGAAGUUUUCUCCCCAGUCCCAGGAAAAGAAGAAUUUGGGAAUAUGGUGUCACAUGGAUUCAAAAAUAAGGUCUCAAAGACUUCUGAGGGUUUAAUGGAAACUUUACAAUACUCCAGACUGCUUCCUUGCAAUGAAGAUUUGGAUACUAGAUUUUUGGGACCACAGUAUUUGCAACAACAUGGGGCUUCAGGAAAACCAGCAUCAUACUAAGAAACCACCCAUCUUAAGCCCUGCCUUAUGGGAAGAAAGAUCAUCCUGAAUGGAAAAAUCAAAGAAGAAAAAGAAUACCAGUAGCUUACCCCACAGUAUAAAUAGCUCAUCAGGGUCGAAACAGGGAACAUUUUCUAGUGAUUCCAGCUUUGAUUGCACUUCACUAGAAACAGAAUGGCUUAAUCCUAAAAUCAUAAAAAAAAAACCUCAGUUAAAGAGCCCAAGUAUUGUCACCCUACUGAAAAGAUCCAAUAGGGGAAGCAUGUCUGAUGGUCCAACCCAUUCCCCUAUAAUACCACCUAGAAGACCAAAACUUAGAUUGUGCUACAUUUGUGGAAGAGAAUUUGGUUCUCAAUCCAUUUCCAUUCACGAACCCCAGUGCUUACAGAAGUGGCAUAUUGAAAACAACAAGUUACCCAGAAAUCUCAGAAGUCCAGAGCCUCAGAAACCAAAACCUCUCAGUGAUUCAAGUAGUUCUUAUGAUUCGCAAUCGAGCGACAGGGCUCCCUUCGGGGGUGCUCAAGUCCAACAGUUGCCUUGUGAAUACUGUGGUGGGACUUUUCUACCUGACCAUCUUAUUGUUCACCUAAGAAGCUGCAAUCCAAAAUCUAACUUCUCUGAGAGUCUCCUUGGCAAGAAGAAAACACUUGGUGGAUUUGUGUCUCCUCCAACAACUCUCCUCUGUUAUAUCUGUGGCAAAGAGUUUGCCGGCCAGGCCCUUUCUGCCCAUGAAUCUGAGUGCCUGGAGAAAUGGAAAGUAGAAAAUGAGAGACUCCCCAAAGUACACCGCCAGGUACCCCCUCAAAAGCCAAAGCAUUAUUCAGCCAAGCCACCCAAGCCUGAGAAGCAACAAACUUCGACCGACAGUCAUGAGGGUCAGGGUCAGGGCCAGCUCAUGGUUUGCCCCAAGUGUAACAAGACCUUUAGAGCAGAUCGUCUUCAAACGCAUCAAAAGAUCUGCCAAGUUCAAGUCUUUGGAAAUGGUGGGAGGGAGUUAGUCAAAGUGCAGCAACAAAAGAGCAAGGCAGGACCCUCAAGAUCUGAAAAGGACCCUGGGAGGAAAGAUACUAUAAAUAUUAUCAUCGUCAUACAAGGGAAGAAUCCGAAGAAAAAAGAGCCCUUAGUGAUAAGACGACCACCAACAAUUAUUUGCUACAUUUGUGGUCGUGAAUAUGGAACUAUGUCCAUCAGUAUCCAUGAGCCACAGUGUCUGAAAAAAUGGCAUAACGAAAACAAUUUGUUGCCUAAAGAGUUUCGGAGACCUGAACCCAAAAAGCCAGAAGUCAGAAACAUCGCAGCCAAAGGCUACUAUGACCUCGAUGGUAUAAAUGAAACUGACUGGACAAGUGCCCAGAGCCAGUUGGUUCCAUGUGAUAACUGUGGGCGUACCUUCCUGCCAGACAGACUAGCGGUCCACCAGCGGUCCUGUAAACCCAAACAAGCCAAGUAAAGCCCUCUCUCUGAAUCAAA